CCGUUUCUUUUCUCGCGUUUUCCUCGUUCUGCAAGAAAUGAACAUGGUGUAAUGCUCCAUUGUUUCAGCAGAGGGCGCUCGUCGAUUACAAAAAAAUGGACGCGGCGGAUGAGUGGCAGCAAGGAAGAAGAAGAAGAAGAAGAAGAAAGGCUGCACCACCGAAGAAGAAGUCUGGCCACUGGCCACCGUCACUCCGGAUUCGACCGCAGUCGGCGGCAGCCCGUCCGAACCGGCCCGGGCUUCGUGAUGUAAUGCGCUUUGGAUGCUGCUCUUUGGCGUUUGUCUGUCGGGGAAGUGAAACCAACCGCCGUGUCGCACGCUGUAUUUUCUAUAUUUCCAUCUGAACACCGACCAUGAGCUCGCGCGAGUGAACACCGAGCGAGCGUUUCUUUGACAUCAUAAUGGCGUCGGACGUCGUCAAAUCGUUCGUGGCGACGUGUAAUUACCUCCAGGACCCCCGCCUGGUGGCCAGGUUCCAGCACCUCUGCGGGGUCCGGGGGACGUUUCCGGAGAAGGCCGGCGUCGCAACGCGGGACGGUGACGCCGGCGACCCCCCCGAGCUCCGGAGGAGGAGCCCCGGGGACGAAGCGGGCGACGGGGCGGCCGUGCACGCCAACGGGAAGACCGGCGAGCUCGGAGCCGAGGACGGGAGCUCCGCCCGGGCCAAGCCUCUCCGCAGGAACUCACUGACCGGCGACGUGGGUCAGGAGUUCCUGAUCCGCAACAAGUUCCUCUUCUACUUGUUCACCUUCGGCACGGAGCUGGGCAACGAGAUGUUCUUCAUCGUCUUCUUCCCGUUCCUUUUCUGGAACGUCGACGCCCUGGUCACCCGCCGGCUCAUCGUGGUGUGGGCCUGGAACUUGAUGCUGGGCCAGUCCACCAAGGACAUGGUGCGGUGGUCCCGGCCGGCCUCGCCUCCCGUGGUCAAGGUGGAGGUCUUCUACAACUCCGAGUACAGCAUGCCGUCCACGCACGCCAUGACGGGCACCGCCGUCCCCUUCUGCCUCUUCAUGCUCACCUACGGACGCUGGCAGUACCCGUUCUUGUUGGGCUUUUGCGUGGCUCUGUGCUGGAGCGGGCUGGUGUGUGUGAGCAGAGUCUACAUGGGGAUGCAUUCGGUUCUGGAAGUGAUGACGGGCUUCCUGUACAGCCUCCUCAUCCUGACCUUCUUCCAGCAAACUUUGGACGCCAUCGACGACUUCUACAUGACGCACGCGUACGCGCCGCUCGUCAUCGUGGUGUCGCACGUGGGCUUCGGACUCGUGGCCUUCUCGCUGGACUCGUGGAGCACCUCCCGGGGGGACACGGCCCAGGCGCUGGGCACCGGGGCCGGGGCCGCCCUGGCCACCCACGUCAACUUCCGGCUGGGCCUGACGACGGACCCCCCGCCGUCCUCGCUGCCGUUAGCCGCGCCCACGCUCGGGGUCGGCGUGGCGGCCCGCUCCUCGCUGCGCUUCGCUUUGGGCGUGGCCGUCAUCCUGGUGACCCGGACGGUCAUGAAGGCGCUCGCCAUCCCGUUGCUGUGCCGACUGGCCGGGCUGCCCGCGGGCGACGUGAGGCGGGCGAGGCAGCACGUGGGCGUGGAGCUGCCGUACCGCUACGUCGUCUACGGCGUGGUCGGCUUCACGUGCGUUUGCGUGGUGCCGCUCUUCUUCAGCCUGGUAAACUUGGCGUAAGCGAUGUCGCGCCGUCGGCGUCGUGCACUGCCGGAAUUCGAUUGGUACGGGGCGAAUGCCGACCUGCGUCCUGAGAUUCCUCCCGAAAGCCCGACAGCCCUGCGCCUCCUGGAGUAUUUGGUGUUCAGCACAAUUUUUUUAACGUUCCCAAACAAACAUCAAUCAAUUCAAAUCACUCUAAGGAUAAAUAAUGAAUAUCCAAUUUUAAUCCCGCCAACUCGGCGUGGGGUCACUUAUUGGAAAUGUUACGAUUGUUAAUUUAGCAACAUUCAGAUUGGCCCACCACGCACACAUUUUCAGAAACGGGCAAAUUAGUUGUUUUGUUGGCAGGUGCGCGCCCACUAUUGGCACACAAACUCCAUUUGUUAACGUCCCCAAAAAGUCUUGGGUUGCAGCACCACGUCGAAGUCAAUUCAUGAAUUAGUCAACUGUCCAAUUUGACUGGUUCGAGAAAGCCCAACUACGUGAAAUGAGACUGACAACUCAACUCAAGCUGUUUUCUCCGUGAGCUUGUCCACGAAUUCUACUGACUGAAGCCGGACCUACUCAACUGUCCAAUCAAAUUCCAUUUCUGCAAACCGGAACAUGGAUGUCACCGUCGAGCAUUUUCCGUCUCCACGUAACUGAAUGCAAAGGGUGUAAAAAUGUUCCCCCGGCUGGUUUAUAUUCCACCGGUUCAUCACGGGCGCUUUAACAUACAGCGACAACGAGGCGCUCGAAAGGGGCCACGCCGUCCUGUUACCCCCACAGUCCACACACCAGGUUUGAAGUCUUCCCUUUUCUUUAAGAACUAAAACUAGAAUCAUGCUUGCUCUCUUUCUCAGCGUGACAUGUGGACUCACGGCUGACAACGAGGCGCUCUAAUGCAGGAGGCCGGCGUGAAGCCACUGUCCACAUGCUGACUGUCAAGCUCUUUCAAAAAAAGUUCUCCCUUCAUUGGUCUCCCAUCUCUGACGUACGUGCACUCAAUGCAGACAAUGAGGCGCUCCGGCGCCACCUAAUUGGUUGCGAAUGGGACUGAAGGUGCUCGAGUUCUUCUGUGGUGGGAGGCGGGCGACUCGUUUCAAUGCAGCUGCGCUCCCAAAGAAUCAAGAAGACCAAAUGGAAAACUUCUUGCACGUCCGACCACCUUUUUUUUUUUUUUUUUUUUUUUUCUCUCUGAGCCACUUAUCCUCACGAGGAUCGUGGAAGGACUGGCACAGGAAGAACAUACAAACUCCAAACAGACAAAAUUGAGGGAUGUGGUCUAACCCGUCGCUCAUUUUUGCACGUUUUUUUCAGCAAUUUUCUUUAAACCCGUACAAUACAGUAUUAUUCACAAUUCACGUUACAGGGUGUUGACGUUUCUAAUGUCGCUCCCGUAAAUACGAUAGUGGAGAUAGUUGUUUAAAAAUGCACUGUUUGAAACCGUUUUGAAAAAUGAAUCCUAGGAAGCCACAAGUACACGCCUGGUUUCCGUCCUUCAAGUAUUAGGGGAGGGGAAAAAGAACAAAAACAAAAAAAAAAAUUCACAUCCUCCGGCAACUCCCCAAACAAUCAAAUGUUCUCUUUAUUUUAUGUAACAUGAUUUUUUUUUUGUAUAACCUUCUCUUUGCUUUGAAUAAGCCAAAUGAUGAAUCGUGUUUGCUAAAACGCAAAAGUUUUCCAAAUGAUAUUUGAAGUAUUAUCUAAUCUGGAUGACAUCACCACUAUUCUUAUUUGUGCUACGUUAUUAUUGUCGUUUCUUUGCUUCCUUUUUGUGUCGCUCUCAUGUGAAGGACGUUUACUGUAAUGUCGAGUUCUCGAGUCAUCGCGUGAAUAUAAAAAAUAUUUUUGAUGUAUUUUAUCAUGUUGAAUAAGACUGCACCUGAAUUGAGAUUUUUUAAUUUUGAGCAGGACAUUUCAGAGGUCUGCACUUAAGAGUAUUAAAAUCUUGACGUUCUUAUCUUA